UCCACGCUAUUUAACUGCGAAAUACACUGAGUGGUCGAUUUUCAAUUUUCAACGGCAGAAGAAAAGGAGAAAUAGUUAGUGUGUAAAUUCAAUUGUAAUAAAAAAUAAAAAUAAAAAUGAUAUCUCUACAGCUACGGCUACUCCAUCCAUUACCUUCCCUUCAAAACCCUAAUGAUAUCUCUUUCAAUUCUUGUUCUAAACCCAUAAUCCACUUCAACCAAAUCCAUUCCAAAUCUCUUUUCAAAUCUUACAACCGUAAUAAGAGGCUGACCCUUCAUUGUAGUAAUGGGUCCAAUAAGGAGACCACGGCUAAAGAAACUAGGAGCGGCGGCGGCGGCGGCGGUGGCGGUGGUGGAGAUGACGGGGAAACAGAAAAGAGUAGUGGGCCGUUGCCGGAAUGGCUGAAUUUCAAUGGAGAUGAUGCCAAAACAGUUAUUGCAGCGUUGGUGAUAUCGCUUGCAUUUAGGUCUUUUGUGGCUGAGCCUAGAUUUAUUCCUUCUUUGUCCAUGUAUCCUACAUUUGAUGUCGGAGAUAGACUUGUAGCUGAAAAGGUUUCGUAUUAUUUCCGAAAUCCAUGUCCGAACGAUGUUGUAAUAUUUAAAAGCCCACCGGUGCUUCAACAAGUAGGCUACACAGAUGAAGAUGUUUUUAUCAAGCGUAUCAUUGCAAAAGAAGGAGACACUGUUGAGGUUCAUGAUGGGAAAUUAAUUGUGAAUGGGGUUGUCAGAAGUGAAGACUAUAUUCUUGAAGCCCCUAAGUAUGAAAUGACCCAAAUUCGUGUACCGGAGAAGUCUGUUUUUGUUAUGGGCGAUAAUCGAAAUAAUAGCUAUGACUCACAUGUGUGGGGUCCCCUUCCUUCAAAGAAUAUAAUCGGAAGAUCCGUGUUUCGAUAUUGGCCUCCUAAUAGGAUUGGGGGUACAGUUUUGGCGGAGAGCUGUGCUAUUGACAAGGAGACUGCUACUAGUACUGAUCAAGCUGUUGCUAAAUAAAUUGGAAUCCAGAAAUUGAACAAGAAGACAUAAGCAAAAUUUGAAUAUUUAAAUUGGAAGAAAAUUCAUGAAUUCAUUCUGCCUUGACCUUAGUGCAACUCAUUUUUGUAUAUUUAUUUAUGGUGUAAUUAAUGGACAGAAGACACAAGAGAAAUUCAAUUUUUUUCUUAAAACUAUUAGCAGUAAA